CUAAAAUAUGUUUAUAAAAAAAAACACAUUCUUCACAGUUGAUGAGAAAAUAGAUUAAAUUAACAAGGAGCUGGGCAGGCUUUUUGGAUGCCAAGGAGAAGACUCCUGAACUCGCAGCUGCCAGAUUGGGUGUGAAAGACUGGGAGAAGUGGAAAAUGUGGACAGACUCAGUCUGUGAGCAGAAUCGGGAAACAGGCCUUUGAGUUAAGAAAGAGAGGGUAGAUUUUGAACUGAGUAGGACUUCAGGCAUGUGUAGGGCUACUGUGUGUUGUUUAGUUGUGGUUUUAGUGGGAAAUAAGAGGAUGCUUCCUAAAAUUAGGCAGUAAUGAUAAUGUGCACAGAAUGUAAUGUUAGAGUGCAAAGCUAAGAGGCUUGAAUGACAUCCUUCAGGACUGGGUGAUGGAGGUAGCUUGGAGUUAGUGAAUUUGAGGUAAGUAUAGGAUUAAAGUGUGGAAUUAGAAGAAAUUUAUUAGAAAGCGUUUCUUUCGCAUUUUUGAGGCAAUUUCAUAGGCAGGAGCUCGUUGAAACCAACCUUCUGGCAUUUCUGCGCAGUGGGCAGGGUAGGCACCAGUGCCCUGAUUUACCCAUCUGGUUGGAGGUGACUAGGAAUGCAGCCACCAAGGAUGCCCUGGGAAAAAGCUCUGAAGCAACAAGGGUCUUGAGAAGCAAUGGCCACAGAAGCUCCUGUAAACAUAACCCCCCCUGAAUGCGGCACUGUUAUCAGCACAGCGGCUGACAGCUUCGUUUGGCAGCCAGACAUGCACGUCAUAAGGCCCAAGUCCGCCAAGGGACGGACGCGGCCCAGUCUGCACAAAUCCCAGGGCGCAGAGGUGGGCUCUCAGCGCACACCGCCUUCCCUGCCUCCAGCCAUUCCCUAUGAGUUGCCAAGCAGCCAGAAACCAGGAGCCUGCGCACCCAAAUCUCCGAAUCAGGGAGCUCCUGAGGAGGUCCCGGAGCUGCCGCAGCAGGUGUCCUUCGGGGGUUCGUCUUCCCUCAAUAAAUACCCAGUUCUUCCUUCCAUCAACAGGAAGACCCUGGAGGAGAGGGCUGUGGAAACCGUGGCCGAAAAGGCUGGCUCACUGCAGCUGAGCGGCAUCCAGGCUCUGUACCGAGAGGAGUCCUGCACCAGGAAGACGAGCACAGAAGAUUCCAGAGCCCGAGCUCGUUCCCCGGAGAGGAAAUUCAUUGUCCAAACCAAGAGACAGAACCCCUCCGGGCCUGGAGACCUGGAGGAACCAUCAGAUCAGGAGCCAAGGCUGCUGCUUGCUGUCAGAUCACCCUCAGGUCGAAGGUUUGUACGCCAUUUCCGGCCAACCGACAACUUACAGACCGUUGUUGCUGUGGCUGAGCACAAGAACAAGGCCAGCUACCGACACUGCAGCGUUGAAACAAUGGAGGUGCCCAGGAGACGUUUCUCUGACCUCACCAAAUCUCUGCAAGAGUGCAGAAUCCCCCACAAGUCGGUGCUGGGCAUCUCCCAGGAAGAUGGGGAGGGGUGGCCAUGAGUCUGCAGCCACCCAGCUGGGGUCCUGGGUCUCUGAGCAAGGAGCGUGCUCGGGUGCCAUGGCCUCCCAGGCAGCUUGGUUCGAAGUGCCAUGUGAACCUGGUGUGGCUGUGAUGCUUGGGACUCUUGUCUUCACAGCAUCUCCUUUGAAGCAGUGAAAUUUGCACAGGCACUGGGUGCCUUAAGAAGAUUCUCUUCCAGUUGUUAAAUUCUCUCCACCACUGGGAUGAACUGGCAAGUUCCCGCGGCGGUUCCUGAAACAGCUGCGACCAGGCCUUCUCCUUUCCAGAGUUUUGGGUCCCUCUGGAGCACCUGUUUGCCUUUACAAUGAACUCUCACUCUCUUGAAGCCAAUGGUUUGCCUUUCUGUAUUUGAUGCGGGAUUAAACACUUCCCAGAGAGGAUUCUAGUCUGGUAAAUAACCAGGGUUCAGGAAAUGUCGACGUGGCAUUUGUAUUUCUUGCAAGCAUCUUUGAGAAACAGGCGGUUGACCCUCUCGUGGAAGGAGCCCCUUUGCUGGGCUCGACGUGUCGAGGUUUUUGGGGAUUACUGUUUGUGUGAGGUGGCUUCAGAGGAAAGAGCAGCUCUUUUGCUAAUACAAACACGCCAGCACAUCAACAUUGCUAAGUAGUCUGAGAGCUGGAAAGUCACUUGCUACCACAACUGUGGAUUAGACAGUAGCUACUUUUUAAGAGAGACUGACGAGAUUUUACAACUUUUGGUAGGUACUCACUGUGUGCAAAAUUUUUCCAAAGCUGAGAAAAGCCGGUGUAAUCUGAUUCCCUUUGCUUUUGUCAGUAAUGGAAUCUUUUGUUUUUAAAAUGCACAAGGCUCUAAGUCUGUGCAAGUUUAUACUCAAGGCCUCCUUGGCUUAUCUGGUUGUGGGUACAUCGUGUUAUCUCCCAGUUUCAGUGUCUCGCCUACUUCAAACACAGAGGCGCCCCUGAAGCGACAACAGUGCCCCUGUUCUCUGAUUUAGAAUCCUCCGGAGGAGGACGGCGCCUCAGUUUGGUGUCACUUUGCUGUCCCUGUGCUGGGAGACCAUGUGCCCGAGUCUGGUUGAUGGGCGUGAAGUGCCUCUGACUGCCUUAGCCUGGAGCUGUGUUGAAGACCACAGAGUCUUGUUUUUCCAACUCUGCGGUGGUGACGUGGACAGUUUGCCAAAGUUCUCUUGUACUGUAAGUUCAGCAAGAGUGCCACCUCUCCUCUGGAUCCCCUUUAUGGCCAAAUCACCGUUCAGAGUAGGGAACACUUGUCCCCCCAAGCUUAACCAUCACAAAGCCCCAAGUACUGCUAUGGACCCCACUUCCUGUGUACACAGAGAAGGCAGGAGUCCUUUCUGGGUUGCUUUCAGUGUUGCUGCCUCAGCAACAAGUGUAUCUUGUGCAUAGAUAAGGGAUGUGGUUGGAAAUGUGACUCCCAGCAGAUCGAUACUUAGCCAUGGAGAUUAGUACCACCAUCAUUUCCUCUGAAGAAGGCUCUCCUUGUCCUGGCUGCAUCCCACACCAGCCAGAUCACUCUAGAAGAGAUUAUUCCUAAAUGUUUCAUGAAAUUUCUUAAUACCAUCCUUCAUACCACUUCUUAAGACCAUUUGUUCAGCUGCUCCUUUGCCUGCCAAGGUCGGCUGGGGCUCGCAGUGCCUUGAGCAGGCCCACGCAACUGGCCACCUCUCCCAAUCAGUGACCCUGGCAGAAGGGCCUGGUGGCUCGAGUCUGGUCCUCCCGGUACAGGAGUUCCACCUCCCAGCCAGGACUCAAGCUCCUAACUCUGCCUCUGAUGCAGGAGCAGGGGGAAGAGCCUCCCACAGACCCACACCUCCUGUGUGGUAAGAAUAAACUCCCACCCACCUGGGACUCGGUAAUUGCUCGAGGCAGGAAAUCUUUAGAAAACUUCAGUGCAAUGGAGCAUGUUUGAAGGGGUUGGAAUCUUCCACACUUCGGGGUUUGCUGCUGCUGUUUACCUUAGAAUUUGGGGGUGGCGAAAACAACGGAAGGCAUAAAGCAUAGAAACAUAUUAGGAUAUGUGAAUAAAGCUAGAUUUGAACCACCUUAAUAAACGCUUUUGGGGGGACAAAAGAUGAUGAUACUAACAAUAAAAACCGGUUUGUGUGAAACUGA